CUCUUAAUGUGUAAGCCUAAAAAUAGUCAUGUGUGAUCUUGUUUGAUUCGUCUUAACAUAUAGAUUAUUAAUAUAUAAUUUGUAUAAUUUUUUAAUAUACAAAUUACAAGAUAAAAUGGAUUAAAGAAGUGCAUUGGAUGAUGUGCCAAAAGAGAUAAUGUGGCUGUGGUGAUGGUGCCACUUCCGGCCCAAGGCCAUCUGAACCAGCUGCUCCACUUCUCCCGCCUCAUCUCCUCCCACCACAUCCCCGUGCACACCACCAGGGUUCACGGCUGGGACCCACUCGCAACAGCCGCCGCACUACCCUACCUUCAUUUCCACGAGUUCCCCAUGCCGCCGCAGAUUCAGUCUCCGCCGCGCAAAACGCAGAGCGAUAGAGUUGACAUUUUUCACGGCGGGGAUUCGAGGGGAGCAGUACUGCCGGAAGGGUACGAGGAAAGGAUCCGAGAUAGGGGGAUUGUGGUCCGGGACUGGGCGCCUCAGUUGGAAAUCCUGGGGCACCCGGCAACCGGAGGGUUCGUGAGUCACUGCGGGUGGAAUUCGUGCAUGGAGAGCAUUUCAAUGGGAGUGCCGGUCGCGGCGUGGCCGAUGCACUCGGACCAGCCGAGGAAUGCCACGCUCCUAACGCAAGUCCUGAGGAUUGGGUUCAGCUUGGUGGACUGGGCGCGGCGGAGCGAGGUGGUGGGACGGGAAGAGGUGGCGAAAGGGGUGAAGAAGCUGAUGGCGUCCGGAGAAGGAGGGGAGAUGAGGAAGAGGGCGGUUGCGUUGAGUGAGAGGGUGAAAGAGUCCAUGAUGGCGUCCGGAGAAGGAGGGGAGAUGAGGAAGAGGGCGGUUGCGUUGAGUGAGAGGUGUAAUGUGGUGAACUUUGGGUCAUCUCAUCGAAGCAUGUCAUCUCACUCAGCUGCAAUGCCGCCAGGAGCUACGCAGUCGUCGCCUGACCUCCCUUCCCCGUCGCGCAGAGUUCUUGCAAUUUUCCUGCCCUGUCCGUCGUCGUCGUCCAGCGGCUUCACGGCAGCACUGAACGGAAAACUCCGGCCCUGAGAAGCAGCGCCGGCGAGCCUAGCAGCGGCGUGGAGUUCGGCGAGAAUAGCGGCAGCGACGGGAACAGCAGCAGCGGUUUCCCUUCCUUCCGUUUGAGUUUUCUUUGUCAAUUUCGAGGUUGACCGGGCUGUUUGGGCUUCCCGGACCGGUUGUUUGGUUGUUGGGCCGGAUUGGGACGGGCUGUUCGAGGCGGCGGUAGGGCUGUCGAGUGGCGGGCAGCCACCGGAAGGAUUUGGUAGGUUGAUUUCUGGGCUGCCGGGUUGGUCCGGCGGGUUGUCGGGCUGAUCUAGUGGCAAUUGAUAUUGU